AUGCCGAGGAAAAGUGCCCAACGGUCAAACUCGUCGUCGAGCCUGUCUUCCCAGGCCUCGACCACAUCCACCAUAUCCGCUGCCUCAUCAUCUUCGUCGCAGCCGAACAGCACCGCUUCCUCAAACGGCUCCGACUGGGCUGCCACCCGCAAAGCAAAGACGCCAAAGGGAUUAUGGCCUGCCACCAAGACUGAGCCUAUUGCUGGAAUCACUGCUGCACGCCCGCAGCCCAUUGCAUCCGUCGGCCCCGGCUCCUCUGCUGCCUCGGCCAUGAGCGCACUGCAAGCACCGUCUGCCAUGGUCCCCUCGCAACAUAAUGGCGCCCUCCAGGCCGCCCAGCAACAGCCCAACGGUGCACAACGGACACCUGCCCAGGAAAGCACCGCCGUCCUGCACCUUGUCCCCAUGAACGGCACCUUUGAGCGCAAGACCAUCACCGUUCCCUUCUUCCCGGAUGUUCUCCGCAUUGGCCGACAGACCAACAACAAGACAAUACCGACGCCGCUCAACGGCUACUUCGACUCAAAAGUCCUGUCAAGACAGCACGCCGAGGUAUGGGCAGACCGCCAGGGCAAGAUAUGGAUCCGAGACGUCAAGUCUUCAAACGGCACCUUUGUCAACGGUUCCCGCUUGUCGCAAGAGAACAGAGACUCGGACCCACACGAGCUUCGCGAGCAGGACAUGCUGGAACUUGGCAUCGACAUUGUCAGUGAAGACCAGAAAACUAUUGUCCAUCACAAGGUUGCUGCUCGUGUCGAGCAUGCGGGCAUCUAUUCACGCUCAAGCAGUGAGAUGAUUGACCUCAACUUUGGCGAAAUGGAAGGCCCUCAACUGUCAAAUAUCAUGGGCUCCACCAGCCAACAACAACUGGCAAACAUGCGAGGUCGCACACCUAGUCAAGGUUCCAUCAACGGCCAGCGAAUGCAGGGCCCCGGCGCCAUGGCCAACUAUCAAAACGGCAUGCAGCAACCACGACAUCCCAACUUCUGGCUGCAGCCUAUCACCAUGGAGCAGGUAGUCAAGAAGCUCAACAACGAGAUCAAGGCCGCAAAGCAGCAGUCGCAGGACCUCCAACAAACUCACCAGUACAUUAAUGCCAUCCUGACAGCAGAUACAAAGAAGGAACUCACCAAGACAUCUCCAAUCAAUCAAGUGAGAAUCUCACCCAUCAAAGACAACAGCCUCAAGGCGAGAUUCUCUGACCCACCUGCACCACCUCCACAGCAACCCUUACCCGAGAAGCCUGACGCCGCCUCGUCCCUCAAGAGGUCAGACACUGAGCGACAAAAGACCGCAUCUCCAGUGCGGUCGGAUGCACAGUUGUCCUCGCUCACCGAGGCUUUGACUAAUGCGAAGAAGGAGAUAGAAUCUCAGGGCAUGCGACUACGAGAUCUCGAGACUCUGUUAAACGAAGAGCGUCGCGCGAGAGAAGACGCCGAAGAACGAGCGGCUCGACUUGAGCGUGAAACGAACAAGGAUCAUGGAGAUGCAGAGACUGUUGUUGGCGACAACGAUGCAGAGGAAGCCGAAGCGGCCGGGCCAGAGCAUGAAGAACUCACCGGAUCAGACAACGGGUCCGUGCCUUCUGAUAGUACUGAGGAUACUACGGCCCGCUUGCAGCAACGUCUGGAACUGAUGAUGUCAGAAAUGAACGAGAUGAAGCAACAGAUGGAGCGUUACCGUGAACGAGCCGAGACCGCAGAGACCGACCGUAAAUCAUUGGCCGAAAUGAUCGAAAAGAUAAGAAAAGAUAAUGCAAAAACAGCAAGCAACGGAACUCGCCGGCGAAGCAGAAGCGAUAGUGCGUCGGAAAAGAUAAGCGCGCAAUCCGGCAUGAACCUGGGGGACAGUCAUGAGUCUGAGGAGGGCGAAAUCGUCAUCAUCAAAGAAAAAGAUCUCGACGAGGACGGCCCGGAAGCUUCAGCUCCGGAGCCGAGUCGUCAGAAUGGACAUCAUGUCCAACACAAGGAUUCGAAACAGUCACGGAAUGCUGAAUCCCUGGUCGCUCAACGGCUUGACCGAAACCCCAUGUACUAUGGCGGCCCGGUUGGGGCCAUGGUGGCAGUUGUUGCAAUAGGUGUGGCAGUCAUGACGAUGCUUAAUCAAUACCCGAAAGCCGAGCGUUGA